AAGCUGACGGUCGCGCAUGCGCCCUUGGUUGGCGGGAGUUUUGGAGGCGGUGACCGUGACGUAGAAGGCGGGCGAACCACUUGACCCAGACGGGAAGAUAGGCUGCAGCGGUGCAAGGGGUCCUGGAGUGACCUAGGGCUGUGGAAAGCGACCCGUGGCCUUGUGCUUCAGGGACGGAGGCUCCGGACUGGACGGGCGUCGCUCUGAGAGUUCACCACCUAGGAUGACUUCAGUGACUAGAUCAGAGAUCAUAGAUGAAAAAGGACCAGUGAUGUCUAAGACUCAUGAUCAUCAAUUGGAAUCAAGUCUCAGCCCUGUGGAAGUGUUUACUAAAACAUCUGCCUCCCUGGAGAUGCAUCAAGGCGUUUCAGAGGAAAGAAUUCACCUUGGCUCUAGCCCUAAAAAAGGGGAAAAUUAUGAACUCAGCCACGAGGAAAGACUUCACUCGAGGUCCCUUCAUUUGUCCCCUCGAGAACAGUUUGCCAGUUAUCAAGACAGGAGGCAAUCCUGGCGGCGAGCAAGUAUGAAAGAAACGAACCGGCGGAAGUCACUGCAUCCCAUUCACCAGGGCAUCACAGAGCUCAGCAGGUCUAUCAGUGUCGAUUUAGCAGAAAGGAAACGGCUUGGCUCUCUCCUGCUUUCCAGUUUCCAGUUCUCUGUUCAGAAACUUGAACCUUUCCUACGAGACACUAAGGGCUUCAGCCUUGAAAGUUUUAGAGCCAAAGCAUCUUCUCUUUCUGAAGAAUUGAAACAUUUUGCAGACAGACUGGAAACUGAUGGAACUCUACAAAAAUGUUUUGAAGAUUCAAAUGGAAAAGCAUCAGAUAUUUCUCUGGAAGCAUCUGUGGCUGAGAUGAAGGAGUACAUAACAAAGUAAGUGAAAAUGAGUGAACCUUUGUUAGAAAAUCUAAAUUCAUUCUCCCAUCUGGAGAAAUUAACCCUAAACUUGGAAAAAAUGAAUAAUAAGCAUUGUACUUAGAGAGUCAGCAUUAGUGCACCAAUACUAAAAGUUAGAAGGCUGCAUAUUGAGAAUUUUAUGGACUCUACUAUUGGUCAAUUUCAUAGAAUGGAGUCUAGGGAAAUAUGAAUAUUAAUUUGACUUGAAGAUUUCAGGUUUGAUAUCCUGAAUUAAUAUCCUCUGAAUCGGUCAGGCUUUCUAAUUCUUUAAUGACAUUUCAACUCACAUU